AGAUAGACAAUGUGGGGCAAAGUCACAUCCAGCUGGCACAAACCCUUCGGGAGGAAGCAAAGAAAAUGGAGGAGUUCAGGGAAAAGCAAAAACUGCAUCGGAAAAAGAUAGAGCUGAUAAUGGAUGCGAUUCACAAGAACAGGAAUUUGCAGUACAAGAAGACCAUGGAGGCCAAGCGGCUGUACGAGCAGCGCUGCAGGGAUAAGGACGAGGCGGAACAGGCUGUGCACCGCAACGCAAACCUGGUGACGCAGAAGCAGCAGGAGAAGCUGUUCCUGAAGCUGGCCCAGACAAAAUCAGCUCUGGAGGACUCUGACAGGAGUUAUCAGCAGAAUGUUACCACACUGGAGAAGAUCCGUGAAGAAUGGCAGAACGAACAUAUCAAAGCUUGUGAG